GCCGCUGCGGGGACUCUGGCUCCAGGCUCCUGGCGAGAUCCCCGAGCCCCGGCGGCUGGUGCUGGGAGCCCGGAGCCCGGGCUGCAGCCGGGAGAGGGGAAUCUCCAGCAGGGCCCUUCCCGCUGCUCCCCAGGAGCCUCUCCCAGGGCAGAGCCCCCAGCCCGGCCAGGCCCCUUCCCGGCCCGGCCCCUGCCCCAGGGGGGCCCCGUUCGGAGGGAAGGCUGAGGAAUCACGCCCACGUUUCGCUCCAGUUCAUCCCAUCUUCCAGGGGACAGGGAAGGGAAAUGUCUGUGAUGGAGCCAGCUCAGAUGCUGGUGACCUUCGAGGAGGUGGCUGUGUAUUUCACCCAGGGGCAGGGGGCUCUGCUGGACCCCGCUCAGAGAGCCCUCUACAGGGACGUCAUGCGGGAGAACUACGAGAUGGUGACCUCGCUGGGAUUCCCCCUUCCCAAACCGGACCUGAUCACCCGGCUGGAACGAGGGGAAGAGCCGUGGGUGCCUGAUCUCCAGGCCUGUGAGGAAAGAGAGAUCCCGAGAGGCGCCCACACAGCAGGUGAUGGGACAGUGAGUGAGAAUGAGGAGGAGAAUCAACAGCAGGAAGUUCCUGGGCACGGGGAAUCACAGGGGACCUCUGGGGGCAGACCCCAUAAGUGCUUAGACUGUGGAAAAAGUUUCAUGUGGUGGUCACACCUCAUUUUACAUCAGCGAAUCCACACAGGAGAGAGACCCCACAAGUGCUUAAUCUGUGGAAAAAGUUUCAUACGGAGGUCAGCCCUUCUUAUACAUCAAGCAGUCCACACUGGAGAGAGACCCCAUAAGUGCUUAGACUGUGGAAAAAGUUUCAAACGGAGGUCAGCCCUUCUUAUACAUCAAGAAGUCCACACUGGAGAGAGACCCCAUAAGUGCUUAGACUGUGGAAAAAGUUUCAUACGGAAGUCAAACCUUCUUAAACAUCAUGCAAUACACACAGGAGAGAAAUCUCAUAAAUGUUUGGACUGUGGGAAAAGUUUCGCACAAAGAUCAACUCUUAUGGUACAUAAGGCAAUCCACACUGGAGACAGACCCCAUAAGUGCUUAAUUUGUGGGAAAAGUUUCAUACGGAGGUCAGCCCUACUUGAUCAUCAGGCAAUCCACACAAGAGAGAAAUCCCAUAAAUGUUUGGACUGUGGGAAAAGUUUCACACAAAGAUCAAAUCUUAUGGCACAUAAGGCAAUCCACACUGGCGAGAGACCACAUAGGUGCUUAAUCUGUGGAAAAAGUUUCAUAUGGAGGUCAAACCUUGUUAAACAUCAAGCCAUCCACACUAGGGACAGACCCCAUAAGUGCUUAGACUGUGGAAAAAGUUUCAUACGGAAGUCAAACCUUAUUAAACAUCAUGCAAUACACACAGGAGAGAAAUCCCAUAAAUGUUUGGACUGUGGGAAAAGUUUUGCACAAAGAUCAACUCUUAUGGCACAUAAGGCAAUCCACACUGGAGAGAGACCCCAUAAGUGCUUAGACUGUGGAAAAAGUUUCAUACAGAGGUCAACCCUACUUCAUCAUCAGGCAAUACACGCAGGAGAGAAAUCCCAUAAAUGUUUGGACUGUGGGAAAAAUUUCACACAAAGAUCAAAUCUUAUGGCACAUAAGGCAAUCCACACUGGAGAGAGACCCCAUAAAUGCUUAAUCUGUGGGAAAAGUUUCAUACGGAGGUCAAAUCUUAUGGCACAUCAGGCAAUCCACACAAGAGAGAGAACCCACAAGUGCUUAGAGUGUGGAAAAAGUUUCAUACGGAGGUCAACCCUACUUAAUCAUCAGGCAAUCCACACAGGAGAGAGACCUCAUAAGUGCUUAGACUGUGGGAAAAGUUUCAUACGGAGGUCAGACCUUGUUAGACAUCAAGCAGUCCACACCGGAGAGAGAUCCCAUAAGUGCUUAGACUGUGGGAAAAGUUUCAUAUGGAGGUCAACCCUUGUUAAACAUCAGAUAAUCCACAAAGGAGAGAAAUCCCAUAAAUGUUUGGACUGUGGGAAAAGUUUCACACAAAGAUCAAGUCUUCUGGCACAUAAGGCAGUCCACACCGGAGAGAGAUCCCACAAGUGCUUAAUCUGUGGGAAAAGUUUCAUACGGAGGUCAGACCUUGUUAAACAUCAAGCAGUCCACACUGGAGAGAGACCCCAUAAGUGCUUAGACUGUGGAAAAAGUUUCAUACAGAGGUCAAUCCUACUUAAUCAUCAGGCAGUCCACACUGGAGAGAGACCUCAUAAGUGCUUAGACUGUGGGAAAAGUUUCAUACGGAGGUCAGACCUUGUUAAACAUCAAGCAGUCCACACCGGAGAGAGAUCCCAUAAGUGCUUAGACUGUGGGAAAAGUUUCAUACAUAGGUCAGUCCUUGUUAAACAUCAGUUAAUCCACACAGGAGAGAAAUCCCAUAAAUGUUUGGACUGUGGGAAAAGUUUCAUUCAAAGAUCAUAUCUUAUGGCACAUCAGACAGUGCACACUGGAGAGAGACCCCACAAGUGCUUAGACUGUAGGAAAAGUUUCAAACAAAGAUCAAAUCUUAUGGCACAUCAGGUAAUCCACACAGGAGAGAGACCCCACAAGUGCUUAGACUGUGGAAAAAGUUUCAUAUGGAGGUCCGGCCUUGUUAAACAUCAAGCAAUCCAUACAAGAGGGAAAUGUUAACAUUUAGAUUAAACUUGGGUGUAAUAAUGUCAUUGUGUAUAUAUAUAUAUCUUUAAAGUUUGUGGUAAACUGUCUAUGAACGGCUUUGUGGGUAAUUAAUUACCUUAUGUAUCAGAGGGGUAGCCGUGUUAGUCUGAAUCUGUAAAAAGCAACAGAGGGUCCAGUGGCACCUUUAAGACUAACAGAAGUAUU